CAGGCCCGGCGAGAGUCUGGGGGCCUGAGUCCCACGCCCUGCCCCGCCCAACUUUAAAAAAAGGAGGUCGGCCUUGAGCGCAGGCGCAGAUAUUGCAGGCCAGGGCGCCUAGCCGCUGGUCCGGAGCAGCCGGUCGCGCGCCACCUCGCCUGCUCAUGGAGGGGCGCGCGAGCCCCAGGACCGAGGCCCGCGCCCUCCCCUCGGCGCCCGUGCUGUUCCGCGGGCCUGUGGAGCCGCUCGUCUUCCUCGCCAACUUUGCCCUGGUCCUGCAGGGCCCGCUCACCACGCAGUACUUGUGGCACCGCUUCAGCGCCGACCUGGGCUACAAUGGCACCCGCGAUCGAGGGGGCUGUGGCAACCACACCACGAACCCGAUCCAACAGGAAGUGGAGACCCUUACCUCGCACUGGACGCUCUACAUGAACGUGGGCGGCUUCCUUGUGGAUCUCUUCUCGUCCACCCUGCUGGGAGCCUGGAGUGACCGCGUGGGCCGCCGCCCCGUACUAGUGCUGGCCUCACUUGGCCUGCUGCUCCAAGCCGUGGUGUCUGUCUUUGUGGUACAGCUGCAGCUCCACGUUGGCUACUUUGUGUUGGGCCGCAUCCUUUGUGCCCUCUUUGGCGACUUCAAUGGCCUCCUGGCUGCUAGCUUUGCUUCCGUGGCAGAUGUCAGCUCUACCCACAGCCGCACCAUCCGAAUGGCCCUCCUGGAAGCCUGUAUUGGAGUGGCUGGCAUGCUGGCCAGCCUCCUGGGGGGCCACUGGCUCCGGGCCCAGGGUUAUGCCAACCCCUUCUGGCUGGCCUUGGCCUUGUUAAUAGUUAUGAGUCUCUAUGCAGCAUUCUGCUUUGGUGAGACUGUGAAGGAGCCGAAGUCCACCCGGCUCUUCACUCUCCACCACCAUCAAUCCAUUGUCCAGCUCUAUGUGGAUCCAGCCCCAGAGAAGUCCAGGAAGCAUAUAGCCCUGUACUCACUGGCCAUCUUCCUAGUGAUCACUGUGCACUUUGGGGCCCAGGACAUCCUAACCCUCUAUGAGCUGAGCACACCUCUCUGCUGGGACUCCAAGCUGAUCGGCUAUGGUUCUGCAGCCCAGCACCUCCCCUACCUCACCAGCCUGCUGGGCCUGCGGCUUCUGCAGUAUUGCCUGGCUGACACCUGGGUGGCUGAGAUUGGCCUAGCCUUCAACAUCCUGGGGAUGGUCGUCUUUGCAUUUGCUAACAUCACACCCCUCAUAUUCACAGGGUAUGCCUUGCUCUUCCUGUCAUUAGUCAUCACACCUGUUAUCCGGGCCAAGCUGUCCAAGUUGGUGGGCCACUCAGAGCAGGGUGCUCUCUUUUCUGCUGUGGCCUGUGUGAAUAGCUUGGCCAUGCUGACAGCCUCCGGUAUCUUCAACUCGCUCUACCCAGCCACUUUGAACUUCAUGAAGGGAUUCCCUUUCCUCCUGGGAGCUGGCCUUCUCUUCAUCCCAGCCAUUCUGAUUGGGAUACUGGAAAGGAUUAAUCCUCACCCUGACUUCCAGCAGUUUCCCCAGAGCCCCUGAUGUGCCUGAGCCAGAGGAGCAGAGAGCAUGGCCUGAUUUCAAGUCUGCCCUGAGAUCCCAGCCCCCUGCAGCACCCACAACUCCCUUGAAGGACAGCAGCAGGGAGCAUCUGGGUUCUGUUUACCCUUCCACCAUGCGUCACCCUUAUGCCAUGUGAGAGAGGAGAGGUCUUGGAGGUGACACUUCAGGACCCAGGUGAAGCAUGAGGGCUGGCAUCUCUUCUUCCAGCUCACAUUGCAAAGUGCAUGGCACUAGUUCCUCUGUCACUCAUGACUGAUAAAGCUGCUAUCUGGUUAAUGCUUGGGGAGGGGAGGUUGUGGGACGGACCUGGUGCCCUCUGGAGGGAGAAUGCUGCUGUCACUGUGGUUGGAAAUUAAGCCUACUCACCUCUGGGUUUAACAGUGCCAGUCAUCACAAUAAAUCAGUUGAGUGAAGCUGAAAA